CUCUGAAGAAAGAUGUCAUGCAGAGCCUUAACUUUCUCUCUCAUCUUCCUUCUCCACUCACUCCUCUCUCCUCUUUCCCCACUCAAGCUCCACGUCCAUGGCCUCAGCCUCAGCCCCUUUCUCCCCUUCAUGUUCCAAAAUCCCAUCUCCCAAUUCCUCUCCUUCUCGCAAAUCCUUUCUUCUUUGCCCCUCAAUUCCAUCUUCCAACCACUGUUCUUCCUUCAAAUCAUCGUUAAAUCUCCAUUACCUGCACGCCAACUCUGUUCGGCGGCUUAGAUGUGAGGCGACUCAAGUUUCAGUGGCUGAAGAAUCUUCAGCAUCCGGAGGAGGAGGAGGUGGCGGUGGGAAUGAGAACUGGAUUCCGGUGGUGCCUCUUUCGGCUCUGCCGAGGGGGGAGAGGCGCGUGAUAAUUCAGGAGGGUGAGACGAUUCUGUUGCUGUGGUAUAAGAAUCAGGUGUACGCCAUUGAGAAUAGGUCCCCUGCUGAAGGUGCUUAUACUGAGGGUUUACUCAAUGCCAAGCUUACCCAGGAUGGUUGUAUAGUAUGCCCGACAACUGAUAGCACAUUUGAUCUACGGACCGGAGAGAUCAAGGAGUGGUAUCCAAAAAAUCCAGUACUGAGAGUUCUCACCCCUGCUUUGAGGACACUCUUUGUAUAUCCUGUGAAAACUGAUGAAGAGAACAUUUAUAUCAACAUGAGAGGAAUUGUAAAAUCUGAUGCUUCUACUGAGAUAGUUUUCAGCGGGAAGGCUCAACCUGGUUUAACGGCAUCUGAUGUCAAUGUUGAUGAGGUUAAAAUGGUGGUUGACGAUGACCUAGAGGGUUUUGGUUUCACUGGGAAGAAUGAAAUAAUCAAUGGCAAGGCUGCCGUCAUCGGUUUCCUCUUGUUACUGGAUUUUGAGCUCUUGACUGGUAAGGGCCUUCUAAAGGGAACUGGCUUCUUGGACUUCAUUUAUUCUGUGUCCAAUGCUCUACAGUAGAAUUUCCCCAUCCUGUCUCUGUUCUCAACUCUCUCUCCCUCCUUCCCUCUAUAUAUAUACACACUCCACCAUCCUCAUGAAAAGAAAGGACAUAUUUUAUUGGCAUGUUGCUGGCAUAUUAUAUUGUUAGUUCUUUGAAGUUGCCAUGUAUUCUAGCCAACUUUAGGUUGUGAAAAUAGAACAUGAUAUUCUGCAACUUUUGAUUCUUUUUUUUUUUUCCUAGAAAGGAUUUACUGUCUGUACUAUGUACAUUUUUUAUUCAGUAAGUGAAUGAUGUUCAACAAUGAAGUCUUUGUCUAUUCGUUGUGGUGGUUUGUCAACUAUGAUGAUCGGAUUAAGUAUUCCAUAUUAGAGGAUUCAUUUGAUCAUUGAUUUGUGAUCAUGGCUUGUUCA